GCGGACGCGGUCGGUGAAAAAUACUCGAUUUCCCAGCAGCACUUUCGAAAGGUGACGUCAGUAAUACGCUGUAUUUCCGGUGGAAUUGGGUGUAUUAAAACCAACAUGGCCACCCGGGCAGAACAGGAUGAAAAGCACCCCAGUAGCCGUACAGACUCGUCCUCUCCGUCCCCUGAGUCCUCUCUGUCAUGGUGCCUGGUCCAGCUGAGCAAAUCCAUCCCCAGAGCGGACAUCCUGACCUGCGCCGACCCCAAACCCUCCAGAGACGCAGAUAAGCGUCUCAGGGCGGGCCAGUGGAGGGCUCUGGUGGCCAUCCGCACCCACCACAUUAAAGGAGGAAGCAGCAGGAUUGGGCGGUACCAGGCACAGGGUGGUUUGCCCCCCCUACUGGCCAUCCUGCGCAGACCAGAGAGCUCCAGGAAGAUCCUGGACCUGACCCUCAGCAUCCUGGCCAACUGCUGCACCGAGAAGGCGACGCGAGCCGAGGUGCGGAGGCUGGACGGUGUUCCUCUCGUAGUGGCGGUCCUGAAGAGGCACGCGUCUGUGGAGACGGUGGAGAACCGAGCGGCUCGUGCUUUGGGGAACCUCGCCAUGGACCCCGAGGGCUCGGCGCAGAUUCACUCUGCAGGUGGUGUUCCUCCUCUCCUCCUCUGCCUGUCCCUGUCCACCUCCCCAUCGUCUCCCUCUUCUCCCUCCAACGUCCCUCCUCCUCCGGCUGCGUCGUCCUCCAUACUCGAGCGCACUCAGUCAGCUGUCCGCGCUCUCUUCUACCUCUCGGACACGCCCUCCAACCGUCUCUCUCUGCUCUCCCAGGGUGCCCUGCCCACCGUGGCGCUCUUUCUCGCCCCCGAGUACCCCCUGGGCCUGAGGCGGGCGUGUCUCCGUGCUCUCCACGAGCUGACGCGGGGCUGCGGCGCCGAGUGCGCCCGAGAGGUGUCUGUCUCCGGGGUGCUGUCUCAACUCGGCCCGCUGGCGUCAGGAGAGGGGGGCGGGGCUCUGGAGGAGCUGGCGCUGAAGACUCUCGCUAACCUGUGCUCUCAGGGCUGCCUGCGCCCCCUGGUGGGCUCGCUGGGCGUCAUUCAGAAGUUUGCGGAGGAAGCGAGAAAGGAUCCGCUGAAAUCCAGCGUGCUGUUCAAGGCUCUGUGUUUGUGCUGCAAAGAAGCGGUGAACCGCGCGAAGGUGAAGGAAAGCGGCGGACUCGAGGUGCUGAUCGGCUUCCUGGCAGCCUAUCAGAACCACCCUUUGACGCGAUUGGCCGUCUUGGCAUGCGUGGACUUCGUGUACGACGAGGUGGCUCUGGAGCAGCUGCAGGAGCUCGGUCUGGUCCCGCUGCUGGCGGCGCGCCUCGUCGACCUCGCCCGGGGAGACGACUCCAAGAUGGACGCCGGGCUCUCGGCGAGCUCUCAGUGCGCCGAGCUCGGAUCGUGUUAUGACUCGUUUGACUUUCCUCCUCCUGAGGCGAGCAGAAAGGAGGAGGUGGGGAAGGAGCAGGGUUCCUCCAGCUUCCUGAGCCUCAGGUCCUGGUUGCUCUCUGAGGGUUUCAUCUCUUCAGAAGUGGAGCUGAUGAUGUCGCCCUGUGGUUCAGACGGAGAUUCGGGUUCUCCUCAUCCCACCUGCUCUCCUUCCUCCUCCUACUCCUCCUCCUCCUCCUCCUCUUCCUCUUCACCUUCUCUCACUCCUGCUGAUGUUUCUCCAUCACCAGCUCAGCCGAAGCCCGUCUCCUCUCCGUCCGCCCGGUCCAAACCCUGCCGUCUGUCCGUCCCCGCGUCUCCUAGUCCGCCCUCCUGCACCUCCACCCCUCAGCCCAAACGUCCCGUUUCUCCCUGUAAAUUCUCGUCCCCUCCGAGGAAGCGAGCUCGCACGUCUUCUCUGUCCUCCUCCUCGUCUCGUUCCAGCCUCGUCUCUUUGGACGGACCUCCGGCGAUACCGAAGACACCCGUGUUCCAGCACCCGUAUCACCCCGAGCCAUGGGCGCCGGAGUCUCCCAUCCUGCUGCUGCUCUCUCGCUUCUCCCACGCCGCGGACCCGAGCGGCGUGCUCAUCACCGUGCCCGUGUUCUCCGCCCUGCUCUACUACCUGACGCAGCACCGCGAGCCGAGCGGACGCUGCUGCCGCAUGCUGUUGAGGAUCAGCUACAACCUGAACUGCCUGCAGCCGCUGGUCCGGACCGGCGCCGUCGCGCUCAUCAGACACCACCUCUGUGUCCGGGACCAGGACCGACCAGGCGGGAAGGAGAGACAGACGGACAGAGUGAAGGCUAAAAUCAGACAGCUGGGUCAGGGGCUGCUGAACAACCUGCGCGUCCAGAGUGAGACCGGAUUCGGUUCUGGAGUUCUCACGCACAUCGUCCUGUCGGGUUCAGAGAGCGAUAAACUCCACUGCGUCCUCUCUCUGCCGCUGAUCACCAGCAACCGAGUCCUGCUGAAGAAGCUGCUUUUGGACAGCGGCGGUCUGAUCUCAGCUCUCGAACCGCUCUUCUGUCUGGAGGACGAAGACGACGGCACCGAUAAAUGCAGAACUUUCCUCUCCGCUUGGAUCUGCCCACCUGAACAGGCGUGCGCUUCCAGGUGUCACUCGCUGUACGCGUCUCUUCUGAUCGGCUGCCUGUCUAGUCUCCUGGCGGGGUCGAAGGUCAAGCCGGACAGUCCCGGCGCUUUGGAAAACCUGCGGCAGGAUCCGGAUUCUUCUUCCUGUCCGUGUCUUUACCAAACAUCCGACCACGACCUGAGCUUCCUGUUGGACGACGGGAGUCUGCUUCCAGCCAAUCGGGGAGUGGUUUCCGGGGAAGUGGGCGUGGCGGAGUCGGAGUACUUCCGUGUCUUACUGAGCGGUAGGUUCAAUGAAGCGCAGAGUUCCGGCGUAGACGCCGUUCGUAUCCGAGACGUGAGCCGGGGACUGCUGCUGCCUGUGCUUCAUUACCUUCACGGCUGCAGGAUGACCGGAGACGGAGGCGGAGGCGGACGCUGCCUCGUUUUGUCCUCGCUGGUCUCCGGAGGUCUGACAGGAGGUCACGCGGUGUUUCAGAAGACUCCUCUAGCUGAAGUGAUGAUGGGAGCCAGCCGGUUUUUGGUUCCCGGGUUACAGAAGACAGCCGAGGACCUGUGCGUGUCCGUGCUGUCCUCUCUGGCGUCGGAAGUCGACGGUCGAUUUCCAUGGGAACCUCCUGGCACUCAGAAACGCCACCGCGCUCCCGACACCACGGACGAGGGCGGCGCUCUGCGCUCCGUCCUGCCUCAGGCCUACUGGUUCUCCCAGCGCUACUCCUACUCCCGACUCGGAUUGUCCUGCUUGUCCAUCCUGCUGCGUCCUCAGCUGCCUCCGUCCGUCUCCUCCGACUGCCUCCUCCGUCUGGUCCGGAAGGCAGACUGCACCGAGAGACUGCGCCAGGACCUGCUGAGUCUCGCCACCGCCGCGCUGAGCUAACACCGCCGGCGGGAAUUUUCACCCGGACUUCAAUCGGUCGAAGGCGGAGAUUUGGAGCGACGUUCCGACAGACUCCCGAGUUCCUCUGUUACUUACAAACGCACCUGAGUAGACGUUCCUCUGACUUUACACUGCGCUCGAACAGAGCGAUUGUUUUUGUUUUCUUUUCGAUCCGGUACUACGCCGCGUAAGGUCUGUUCACACUUAACACGUUUAGUUUUUGCACAAAUAAGGAGCGCGAUCAGAUUUCUAAAUAAACAAAUCCAGUUCUGGUAAAACCUCCUAAAGACGCCGCCCUUCCUGCAGUCAUGCUUCGGUCUGUCAGAUCUCAGCCAAUCAGAUACAGCCUUUUGCAUUUGAAUUCUCCAUUUUGGUCUUCCAUCCACACUACAGUGUCAUUUUUACUACCGCUAACUCUCGCUGGAUGGAUGGAUAUAGACCAGGCGUGACCAGGCGUGUCCGGUCUUAUCCGGAAAGGGUCGGUGUGGUGCAGGUUUGCUGAAACAGUUGAUGAAACAGCUGGAAUCAGGUGUGCCUCCUGCUUGGUUGGAAUGAAAACCUGCACCCACACCGGCCCUUUCCGGAGAAGAUCGGACACCCCUGAUAUAUAGGAACCGUUGAUGUUUGUUGUCCUGCGAUUGGCUCUGGAUUGUCAUGUGAUCCGGCUGUGCAUCGAUGGCAUCAGAUUCAGGUCGCGUGUACGUGUUUCUUUUUUUGCACAUGCUCAGUACAGCGUCGGACCUUCGUUCGGGCGUUUUUGUGUAGGAGCUCCGAAAAAAAAAAAAUACACCAGUCCCCGCCCCCCCGCCCAAAAUAAAACUGUCAGAUCAGCAUACGAUUAAAAUGAUUGACAGCUGUGUAUUAAUUGAAUGAAUUAAUUGAAUUUAUAUGUAUUGUUUUUUUUUCCUUCAGGAUGUUGCAGCACUGCACACUUUCUCUUCCCGCACGACGCGGCUUUGCUCGUUUUCUCUCCGCCUUUCUUUCUUUAAGCGGCCGCGCCCCGCGUCUCCGUGUUUAUUUAUUUGCCGAAGAGACGGAACACGUGAAGAAUCCGUUUUUGUUUAUGUUCAUGACGUUUAUUCUCGUCGUCUUCAGUGUGAAUAAACCUCAAGAAGAGAAGCAUUAGAGUAUAAUUUUGCGAUCAUUAUUUGCUGAGAACAAAAGGAAUAAAUGAGAAGUUUAUAUUAUAUUAUAUUAUAUAUAUAUAUAUAUAUUUCUUGGCUUCAGAUAUUUUUUUUUUUAAUGAAUGUUGUGAUCCAGUUACUCCCCUUUUUUGUUUGUAAAAUGUGCCAUUCCUGAUUUAUUGUUUGUGUUAUGAUGAUGAUGAUGAUGAUGAUGAUUAUUAUUAUUUUUGAAUACCACGUGUAUAGCGUAACAUUCAGGAAUGACUCGUCAUAUGGACCUGUGAUAUAUUCUAUACGUUAACGAUGCUGCAUCGAAGAGCGAUUUCAUUUCCUUACUCAUGUUGUUGUAAUAUAAGAUGUAUACGCGGGUGUAGCUUGUGCCGUUGUACAGUUGUGCGAUUAUGUCAGGGAUAGAGUAAAGUUUAUGUUCUAUUUUUCAUUCCUUAAUUUUUGUAAACACACACACACACACACACAGAGUGUAUUAAGUGUAUUAAGAUAUCUGAGGCCAGUUUCCUCGUGUGAUAAGAAAAAUAAAAACGCCUCUCCACUUUAA